UUGUUACUGUACAUGAAUCCUUAUAAUCCUUCCACACCACGCUGCACGGUCACACGCAGGUUCGGCUAAGUAACCCUUGGCCACCGCAAUGGGGCUCCUAUUCUGCUGCCAAGCUCUGGCCAUGUGCAUCAUCAUCGUGUCCGGAACUGCGUGCAUGCGAGCUUGCGAGAGUGCGGGCUUAAAUGAAAAUGCUGUACGGAGUGAAAAUGGAGAAAGCGGACUCUCUAACAUGAAUGUUGGCGAAAAUGGUGGAUCAGAUGGAGGGUUGCAGUUUCUACCCGGUGGUAGACCUGGAUCCGGGAAUAACGCAGGAUUUGGCCCAACGGGAAACGAGUUACCUAAUGGAAACAACCCUAUCGGCCAUCCUACCCCUCUUCCAUGGAAUAUUACAAAAAUAGGGAAGAGACCAAAGCGAUGCAUGGAACCACCAGAAAAAGGCGUCUGCCGUGCAUUUAUGCCGACUUGGUAUUUCGACAUUAAACUACAGUUGUGCAGAAUAUUUAUCUACGGGGGAUGCGGUGGAAACGACAACCAAUUCAGUCGCGAAAAAAAGUGUCAGGAGGUCUGUCUACCUGGAAAAAUACCAAAACCAGUCUGUGGCUUACAGCCAGUACCCGGAAAGACUCAAGCAUUUUGUAGGCGGUGGCACUUCGAUGCUAAUUUCGGCACUUGCAGUCUUUUCUCGAACCACAAGUGUGCGAAAAAUGCUAACGGCUUCUACACGUGCAGACAAUGUAUGAAGAGAUGUAGCAUUCUCAAAGCCACCGAGGUAUGCCAAUUAGCCCGUCAGUCGACUACAGCUCCAAGAAUGCAGCAGCAGCAGCAAACUGCAAACCGCUCAUCAGCUAUCAUGUCUUUAGCGAGUACUAAUGCAGAAUAAUAAGCAUUGUGCACUGAACGAGUCGGUAGGUAUUGCGAAUUGAGUGACCGCAUGAGAAAUACAUCGUUGUUCAUUGGUAUUAUGAAUAAUCGUCAUCGCCACGCAAACCGCUUAUUCUAAGUAGAAACAAUAAAGUGAUAGCCUUGUUACAAA